CUAGAUCUGUGCGACCGCAUUAGUGGAUAAGUGACUCGACUCCUUUAUUUAUUUUUUGUUUAUUAAAUUUAAGCCGGAAAACAUGCCGCACGGACACUCGCACGACCACGGCGGCUGCGGCCACGAGGCCACGGACAUUGAUCACGCCCUGGAAAUGGGCAUUGAGUACAGUCUAUAUACGAAAAUCGACAUUGAGAACACAGAGUGCCUGAACGAGGAGACGGAUGGCCAGGGCAAGGGUGUCUUCAAGCCGUACGAGAAGCGCCUGGAUCUCACCAAAUUUGUGCAGAGCGACGCCGACGAGGAGCUGCUCUUUAAUAUACCCUUCACCGGCAACGUCAAGCUCAAGGGAAUCAUCAUAAGCGGCGCCAACGAUGAUUCGCAUCCAAAUAGGGUCAAAAUCUUUAAGAACCGUCCCAAGAUGACCUUCGACGAUGCCAAAGCCAAGCCGGAUCAGGAAUUCGAGCUAACCCGCGAUUGCCGUGGAGAAAUCGAGUACUCACCGAAGGUGGUCACCUUCUCCUCCGUUCACCAUCUAUCCUUGUACUUUCCCAGCAAUUUCGGCGAUGACAACACACGCAUUUACUACAUAGGUCUUCGGGGCGAGUUUACUGAGGCCCAUUACCAUGGGGUCACCAUCUGCAACUACGAGUCUCGUGCCAAUGCCGCCGAUCACAAGGAAAAGGCUUUCGAUGGCGUUGGCAGGCCCAUCCAAUAGGUCACAACCAAAAGUCUCUCCUUAAGCUAGUUUAAAAAAGCAAUUUAAUUGAGUAUUUGUGAUCAUUUAAGGCAUUCAAUGAACGAAUUUUUCAAUUCCCUAAAAUCUAA